GUACUUUUUUUUACAACAUGUAAAUAAUUCAAUUCUGCUAAUGUAAAUGAAAUACACAUGUCUAAAUGAAAAUAUGCAGCUCUUGCUUACUCUGCCCAUUUCGCUUCCUAAAAAAGAGCCGGACAGUUUUGCCAACACACAAAUCCAGCAAACCGGGCUAGCUGUUCCUCGGAACAAGGACAGACCACAAGCCCGUACCGAGAGACAAAAAAAAUCAACCAAAACGAAACGAAACAGAAAAAACUUCCCCAAAUCAUAGAGCUAGAGAGUUGAUCGUGGAAUUGGUUCUUGGAUGCUGAUCUGCGUGGCGCGCAUCGAUCGAUUUUGCGCCGGGGCCGGCCGCAGCUAGCAUCGAUCGACUCGAUCUCUGGUUAAUCGUGGUUGCAGUGCGCGCCGGCACAGUGCAAAAUUGCAAUGUCGUCGUCCUCCCGCGGCGUUGAGGCGGAGGAGGACCAAAACGCGUCGCGCACUCGGCUCCUGGUGGGCGGGAUCUCGGUGUUCCUCCUGAUCGGCGUGGUGGCCGGCACGGCGGCCUUCUUCCUGACGGAGAAGGCGGACGAGGACACCCAGGAGAGCAAGCGCAACAUGAGCACCACGAUGCGCACGGUGGACCUCUUCUGCGCGCCCACGGACUACCGCGCCACGUGCCAGGAGACGCUGGAGAAGACGCUGGAGCGGUCCAAGGACCCGUCGGACCAAACGCACGCGGCCGCGGCGGCCGCCAUCACCGCCGUCGGCCGCGAGCUCGGGAAAGGCUUCAACCGGUCGUCGCUGCUGGACGCCGUCCGGGAGAGCAACGACACGCUGGUGCACGAGGCCCUGCGCGACUGCAAGAUGCUCCUGGACGACUGCGCCGCCGACGUCACCCGGGCCCUGGACAACGUGGCCAACCGCGGCGUGGACGGGCCCGCGCAGGACCUCCAGGCCUGGCUCUCCGCGGUCAUCACCUUCCAGGGCUCCUGCGUCGACAUGUUCCCCAAGGGAGAGAUCCGGGACGAGAUCAAGGAGAUCAUGGAGAAGGCCCGGGAGAUCUCCAGCAACGCCAUCGCCAUCAUCCAGCAGGGAGCCGCGCUCUCCGCCAUGCUUGAGAUCGACCAAGGGGAGAGCCUCACCGUCGAGAACGUCAAGGACGCGGCCGCCGCCGUCGACGACGACACGCAGAAUAAUCCCAACAACGACCGCCGGCUCCAAGGCCGGGAAUCUGCUCUAGUGUUCCCGUCGUGGGUGCCCCAUGAGGACCGGAAGCUUCUCGACGCCGCCCAAGAAGGAGAUGGAGAUGGAGAAGAAGAACACAAGGGCGGGCUGACGCCCAACGUGACGGUGGCCAAGGACGGCUCCGGCAACUUCGCCAACAUCUCGGGCGCGUUGGACGCCAUGCCGCAGAACCACAGCGGCAGGUACGUGAUUUACGUCAAGGAAGGUGUCUACGACGAGCAGGUCAACAUCACCAACGGCAUGGCCAACAUCACCCUGUACGGCGACGGCGCCAAGAAGUCCAUCAUCACCGGGAGCAAGAACGUCGCCGACGGCGUAAGGAUGUGGAGAACCGCCACUCUAGCGGUGGACGGCGACAGGUUCAUGGCCGUGAAGCUGGGGAUCCAGAACACGGCAGGAGACGAGAAGCAGCAGGCGCUGGCGCUGCGCGUCAAGGCGGACCGGGCCAUCUUCUUCAACUGCCGGAUCGACGGCAACCAGGACACGCUCUUCGCGCAGGCCUACCGCCAGUACUACCGGAGCUGCAUCAUCUCGGGAACCAUCGACUUCAUCUUCGGCGACGCAGCGGCCAUCUUCCAGCGCUGCGUCAUCCUCGUCAAGGCGCCGCUCCCGGGGAAGCCCGCCGUGGUCACCGCGCACGGGCGCCGCGACCGGCAGCAGACCACGGGCUUCGUCCUGCACCGGACCCGCAUCGUGGCCGAGGAGCGCCUGGCCGAGACGUCGUCCACGGUGAAGACGUUCCUGGCGAGGCCGUGGAAGGAGUUCUCCAGGACGAUCGUGCUCGAAUCCAUCAUCGACGGCUUCGUGCACCCGCAGGGGUACAUGCCGUGGGAGGGCAAGGACAACCUCGGCACGGCAUUCUACGGCGAGUUCGCCAACGUCGGCAAGGGCUCCAACGUCACCGCGAGGCAGGAGAUGAAGGGCUUCCACGUGCUCGACAAGGAGAAGGCCAUGCAGUUCACCGUCGAGCACUUCGUCAACGGCGCCGAGUGGAUACCGGAGACGGGCACGCCGGUCAGGCUAGGGCUCUUCGGCUGAUGCUUGAUCUACGGAUGGAUGGAUCGAUGGAUGCUUCUCUUUGUAUUGCGUGCGUAUGCGGUGUGUAAGAGCAGUCCGGUAUGUUCAUCGAUACGUGUUUUAGAGUGCAUCGUCUGGUUCAAUUGUAUUGUAUGUACAAAAUACAAAUAGCGUCGGCUAUAUAUACAUGUGGAUCCAGUAAGGGAAGAUGUU